AUGGCUGCCGCCGCAUUCACUAUUGUCCGUGACUCAUAUUCCGGGAUUGUGGCUCACCUGAGAUGGUUCACUUCCGCUGCCGCAUUGGUGAAUAGGGAGGAUCGUACAGAGGCAUUGUUGGAUAGGCAUGAGAAAUGCCCUACACGACUCAAGGAGGUGGAGGAACAUUAUCAGCGCUUCAUCUCACAUCUGGAUGAUGUACCUCUGGAGUCAUUCCCGGAGCAUCGGCGGGAACAAGUCCAUGAGGACUACACCCAGAUUAUGAACCUGGCCGACGACAUCGCCCAACGCGCGCGAGAGGUUUUAGCCUCGCGUGCCGGAGUACCGCCUCACAGCGCUCCCUUGAAAACUCCCGUGGGCCUUUUGACAAAGCUACCCAAUUUAGAUCUUCCACGUUUUGAUGGUCGGUUAGACACGUGGCUGGGAUUCAUUGGAUUGUUCGAGUCUUGUAGACUCCAGGGACGAUUUGGGCCCGUCUCAAAAGUUGGCCUAUCUGCUCUCUGUGCUCGAUGGAGAGGCGAGGGGCUUAGUGCAGCACCUCCCCAUACG